AUGCCCCGAGAGUUCUCUAACUCUACAGUCACGAAAAUAUCUUCGGAUGGAAAACGUUCUAGCCUUUUGGUAAGUUGUAACUAUCUCAAGUCUCAACUCGUACAGUCAUCUAAUCAGAUUUUCUUCAAUGAGAAAGCGACUCGACGAUUCAAUGGGACUGCUCCUGAGAUCGUCAUCGUGUCGUGGAAAACUCUGUCUUCAUCUGCAAGCAAAACCACCAUAUUUCUCCGACACACUUGGCACGGCUCCAAUGUUUCUAAUUAA